GUUAUCCUACAGCGUUAGCCCUAGCGUCGGGCGGCAGUCCGGGGCCGAUAUAGCCUAUCUACGUUUGUGUGUGUGGCUCUUGCUGAGCUGACGUUCGAAGAGUGAAUGAGGCUGAUGCUGCUUUGCUGCACCUGGAAGGACGAGCGCAUGGGAGACGAAGGCAGCAGUUUGCCAGUGUGUGCCAGUUGCUCUCAGAGGAUCUAUGAUGAGCAGUAUCUGCAGGCUCUGAACACUGACUGGCACACAGCCUGUUUCAGAUGCUGUGAAUGCAAAGUGUCUCUGUCGCACUGGUACUAUGAGAAGGAGGGGCAGCUCUUCUGCAAGAAAGACUACUGGGCCCGCUUCGGGGAGCUCUGCCAUGGCUGCUCCGAACCCAUCAGCACCGGCCUCAUCAUGGUUGCAGGGGAGCAGAAGUAUCACCCUGAGUGCUUCACCUGUCUGAACUGUGGAACCUUCAUCGGUGAUGGAGACACCUACGCUCUGGUGGAGAGGUCCAAGCUCUACUGUGGGCACUGUUACUACCAGACCAUCGUGACCCCAGUGACCCUGCCGGACUCUCCAUGCGCCAGGAUUCCCCACACAGUGACCCUGGUGUCUAUCCCAGCCUCUUGUGAGGGGAGGCGGGGCCUCUCAGUGUCCAUCGACCAGGAGCCCCACGGCCUCCACCCAGAACACAGCCACACUGUCCGUGUGUCUGAGGUGGAUACAGAGUGCAUCAGCCCAGAUGUGAGGAGCUCCAUCCAUAUCGGGGACCGAAUCCUGGAAAUCAAUGGGACCCCAAUCCGGAAUGUGCCACUUGAUGAGAUUGAUCUCCUGAUUCAGAGUACCAGUCGGCUACUGCAGCUGACGAUUGAGCAUGACCCACAUGACCCCGCUGUUUUGGGGGACCAGGUGGACGCGCCCAGUCCCCCUCAACCGGUCACGCACCCCCCCCACCCCAACAUCACCUGCCUCCGCUCCCGAGCCAUCACGCGAAGCUGCAGUAUUGAUAAGUCUCCAGGGUCCAGUGCUGCAGCCUCCCCUCUGUCUCAGAGGAAGGACAUUCUGCGGUCGGAGUCGCUGCGUGUCGUCUCCAGCGACAGGAGUCACAGAAUCUUCCGUCCAUCUGACCUCAUCCACGGUGAGGUGCUGGGGAAAGGCUGCUUCGGACAGGCCAUAAAGGUGACCCAUCGGGAGACCGGGGAGGUGAUGGUGAUGAAGGAGCUCAUCCGGUUUGACGAGGAGACGCAGAGAACAUUCCUGAAGGAGGUGAAGGUGAUGCGUUGUUUGGAUCACCCCAAUGUCCUGAGGUUUAUUGGGGUUCUCUACAAGGACAAGAGGCUCAACUUCAUCACUGAGUACAUCAGAGGGGGGACCCUUCGUGACAUCAUCAAAAACAUGGACAGUGUGUAUCCAUGGAAACAGAGAGUGAGUUUUGCUAAGGACAUCGCCUCUGGGAUGGCGUACCUACAUUCCAUGAGCGUAAUCCACCGUGAUCUCAAUUCACACAACUGUCUUGUGCGUGAGGACAGCAGUGUGGUCGUGGCAGAUUUCGGGCUGGCGCGUCUCAUGGUGGAGGACAAGGCCCAGGGGGCACAGUCUGGGGGAAGUAUCUCAGGGCUGAAGCGCCCGGACCGCAGGAAGAGGUACACCGUUGUGGGGAACCCCUACUGGAUGGCCCCGGAGAUGAUCCACGGGAGGAUCUACGAUGAAAGAGUGGACAUUUUCUCCUUCGGCAUCAUGCUGUGUGAGAUUAUUGGUCGAGUGAACGCGGACCCUGACUAUCUUCCGCGUGCCAUGGACUUUGGGCUGAACGUGAGGGGCUUCCUGGAUCACUUCUGCCCCCCCGACUGCCCCCCCUCCUUCUUCCCCAUCGCCGCCUUGUGCUGUGACCUGGAUGCAGAGCAGCGCCCCUCCUUCACAAGGCUGGAGGAGUGGUUUGAGAACCUGAAGAUGCACCUGGACAUCCGGCUGCCCCUGGUCUCUGAGCUGGAGCUGCUCCAGCGGACGUUCUGGGAGAAGCACACGCACGCAGAGAACGGCCUGCUCCCCCAGCCGGAGUAGGCCCAGCCCCCCCCCCCAGGGGUCCAUGGGAUGCCAUCGGCGCGCCAGCGUCUGGUGCGCACAGCCGAGCUGCAGUACCGCUGUCCUGCCACAGAGGGUGCUGUGGAGCACUGAAGAAGCUGUGCUGUGUGUUUCCUCCUAUCUGAGCCAGAAUGUCUCUGGUGCUGUGUCUGCUGAAUGGCAGGUCCCUGAUGCCCAUCCAUUCUUUUUCUGGAGUUUGAAACCGAACACCACUUAAAGAUUUAUCAUUCUCAUAAUAGCAUAUCAUAUCUUAUGUUUUCAGACUAUCCUGAAAUUCCAUCCUCCGAUGCUGAAAGUGUUAAUAGAAAGUGGGCUUUUCCUCAGAGAAGUGUGUGUCCAAAUGGAUAGAAAAAAAAAAGUUUGUUUAUUUUAUGUUUGGGGGGAAAACAAAACAUUUAAAAAUGUGAGAUUGUGAAAUCUGCCAGGUUUAUUUGCAUAAUGUUCACUCUACGUCCAUAUCACCCUAAGUCUGUCUGGUGUAUGUAAGAAUGUGUGUGAAAGAGGGAGAGAGAGAGAGAGAGAGAGAGAGAAUGCGUGUGUGUUUGUGUAUGUGUGUGUGACACUGAGAUAAAUACUUGUACUGUAGUGUUACUCUGGCAAUUUUUAAUCAUUUCUUCAUUUUAUGCAUUUCUUGUGUUGAGUGUAAAGUCCAUUUCAAGUGUUCAAAUCACACUGUAUUGCUUACGAUAUCACGUGUUUUAAAUGUUUUAAAUUAUGUAUAUGUACAGAAAUAUUUUAUAUACUGAUGCUACAUGGCCAUAUUUUAUUAACCACUGGGUUGAAACACGAAAAAUGUCUGAUGUAUCAGAGCAGGGGAUGGUUUGUGACCAUAUGGUUCAGCGGUGUGACCGUGUGGGUCAGCGAUAUGACCGUGUGGGUCAGUGGUGUGACUAUGUGGGUGUGACGUGUGUGUCAGCGGUGUGACUAUGUGGGUGUGACGUGUGUGUCAGCGGUGUGACUAUGUGGGUGUGACGUGUGUGUCAGUGGUGUGACCGUGUGGGUGUGAUGUGUGUGUCAGUGGUGUCACCAUGUGGGUGUGACGUGUGUGUCAGUGGUGUCACCAUGUGGGUGUGACGUGUGUGUCAGUGGUGUGACCGUGUGGGUGUGAUGUGUGUGUCAGUGGUGUGACCGUGUGGGUGUGAUGUGUGUGUCAGUGGUGUCACCAUGUGGGUGUGAUGUGUGUGUCAGUGGUGUCACCAUGUGGGUGUGACGUGUGUGUCAGUGGUGUCACCAUGUGGGUGUGACGUGUGGGUCAGUGGUGUGACUUCUGGGUGUGAUGUGACCGUGUGGGUCAGUGGUGUGACCGUGUGGGUGUGACGUGUGGGUCAGUGGAGUGACCAUGUGGAUCAGUGAUGUGACCGUGUGGGUCAGUGGUAUGACUGUGUGGGUGUGACUAUGUGGGUGUGACGUGUGGGCCAGUGGUGUGACUUGUGGGUGUGAUGUGACCGUGUGGGUCAGUGGUGUGACCGUGUGGGUGUGACGUGUGGGUCAGUGGUGUCACCAUGUGGGUGUGACGUGUGGGUCAGUGGUGCGACUGUGUGCGUGUGACGUGUGGGUCAGUGGUGUGACUUCUGGGUGUGAUGUGACCGUGUGGGUCAGUGGUGUGACCAUGUGGGUGUGACGUGUGGGUUAGUGGAGUGACCAUGUGGAUCAGUGAUGUGACCGUGUCGGUCAUUGGUAUGACUGUGUGGGUGUGACUAUGUGGGUGUGACGUGUGGGCCAGUGGUGUGACUUGUGGGUGUGAUGUGACCGUGUGGGUCAGUGGUGUGACCGUGUGGGUGUGACCAUGUGGGUCAGUGGUGUGACCAUGUGGGUGUGAUGUGUGGGUCAGUGGUGUGACCGUGUGGGUCAGUGGUGUGACUAUGUGGGUGUGAUGUGUGGGUCAGUGGUGUGACCGUGUGUGUCAGCGGUGUGACUAUGUGGGUCAGCAGUGUUACCUCCCCUGACUGGAGGGAGUGCAGCGUUUGCCUCCUGCUUGUUGUGGGCUGUUACUCCAGAGCGCAAACAUGGGCUCAUGAAACGCCGUUAGACUCAGAACCUGAAACGCAAUUAGACACAGAACCUGAAAUGCCGUUAGACACAGACCCUGAAAUACCAUUAGACACAGAACCUGAAACGCAGUUGGACUCAGCCCCUUAAUCGCUGAUGCAAAGGUUUUGUGAAAAAGUGCACAGGCCACAUAGACCCACUAAAAGGACAAAAAUAAUAAUAACCUUGAAUCUUCCUCAAAUGCGAUCAAUAUAAUCUUUUUAUAUAGAUUUUCCUCUAAUAUAAUUUGCACUUGCAGAGGGAGGUCUCGCUGGGCAGAGGGAGGUCUCGCUGGGCAGAGGGAGGUCUCGCUGGGCAGAGGGAGGUCUCUGGGCAGAGGGAGGUCUUGCUGGGCAGAGGGAGGUCUCUGGGCAGAGGGAGAUCUCGCUGGGUACAGUAUGUUCUGUAUGAUGCUGUACACUGUUCUGUGGGGAUGCUCAGGAAUGCACCCUGCAGUCGCUAACUGCAGUGUCUCUGUUGUGUCUCAGAGUCUCAGAGUCUCGGUGCGUGGCGUUUAAUGCUCUGACUAGAAUACUGCAUAUUAAACAUUUGGUUUUCCUUGCUGUGUAGAUGCCACCCAGUCCUGCUGCCUUGCUAAUGAUCGUGUCUGUCACAGUGGCCUGCUCACACACACCAAACUCAUGACACACACUGAAACCCCAAUCAUGCUCCGUACUGAGUGAGCAGUUGGAGUACUCUGGAACACUGGAAACUGAAUGUUCUGCUCAGGUAACGACGUGCUGGAGUGGUCUAUACUGAAGCUAUGCUAUCACAGGAAGGCUGCCAGCCCACUGUGUCAAUCUAACUAUCAUUUCAUGCACAAAGACGCAAUCAAUAAAGGUAACAGGCUUUUAUGUACUUCUUGGAGAGUGUGUGUUUGCGUGAAUGUCUCCAAGAAACGGCUAAUUCUUCUUUUCAAAGGAUUCUUACCUCCAACAUUGCUGUGCCUUUGUUUUAAGCUAGUCUUGCCAACGACUUGUAGCAUGUUUAUCAAAAAUGAUUUUGUAUGAUAAAUGUAAGCCUAAAUAUAUUUUAUAUCAUCACUGAUAUCUUGUUUUAUUAUAUACUUCCUGGACCAUAUUUCCAUGUCUCCAUAGAUUUCUUUUAAAUGCGGGGAUUGUUUUUUUUUUCUUGUUUUUUUUCUUGUAUAUUUAUUUUUUUACACAAGCUGUGAAAACAAGUGUGCACUUUAUUUCAGGAAUUGAACCUAAGGAGAGUACUGUAUCUCACUGCAGCUGGAAUUAAAUGGCCACUCCUUACAAA